UCCAAGCAUCAUGAGAGGGUUCAUAAACACCAGGUUUCUCUCUCAUUCCUGCUUCCUGCAACUGCUUCAAGUGCAACCUCAGCUGAUCAUCGCACCAUGAUGACAUCACAUCUUUAUUUGUUGGCGUUCCUCUGUUUGAACUGUGAAGUGUUGUUGGACUUGAGGGAGAAGUUUGGGACCAAAGGUUUUGUCGCAGGAACGGAGACGGAUUCCGAGCUCGACUCGCUCAGUCCGAAACAAACGGAAGACAGACGGGAGACCAUUGCCCACUGCUUGAAGGAAAUCCUGGGAGAAUCUCCAGAGGAGCUUGAGGAAGAAAACGAGGAUGAUGACAAUGAAGGUGACACAGACGACUUUGAUGAGUAUGUCAUGAAGAUCUGUGCAGUCUAUGAAGGCCCCGCCUCUGAGGAAAGCCCCACCCCUAAAGUGCAAAGUCAAGCUCCUGACUGCCCUGAAAAAUGUCACCGCUGCCCGGCUGGUUGGACUAAACUUGGCAGGAACUGUUUUUUCUUUUCACACCAAGAGAAGUCGUGGACACAAGCAGAGAGCGUAUGUGUUUCCAGAAGUGGACGCCUGGCCUCGUACCCUGACGAGAGAACUCUCACCGUCUUGUAUAACAUGACCGUGCGCCUGACUGGUCAUCACAUGCAGGUUUGGCUCGGGGGCAGUUUCUCUGACAGAGAAGGAACGUGGAUGUGGAGCGAUGGUUCCGAGUUCUUUGUUAACGAGUGGUCCGAGCACCAGCCCGACGACCACCACCAAUGCCUGGCGCUGGGCACCAACGGUCGUCUGCACGCCGCCGACUGUAGCCUCCAACAACCGUUUUUCUGCGUGAGACCUCUGUGAAGAUCGCAACUCUGUGCCGCAAUGAUGUCACUGGCCGAUCCACGAUUGACGAAUCUGAUUACAUCAAUAUCAAAUCAAUGAAAUGUAUUAAGCGUAUUAUUGUAUGUUACAUAUCAGUGGAUUUCUUUGUCAGCGAUGAACUCUGACAAAGUCACGUGACAGGUUUGAAUUAAAACAGACUUCUCCCUCUCUAGGGGGCGCCACAGCG